AUAGGGGACGAGUUUCUUACGGCCAUUCAAACUUCCUUCCACCAAAAAGGCCCUCUCUCACUCACUUUAUCUCACCAUCCUUCCUUGUUCACAAUUAGCAUUAUUAUUAUUAUUAUCUGGAUAACGUGUCUUUCCUCCCUCAAUGGACGCAGCACUCUCCCCUCUCAAACCUCCAUACCCAAUCCAAUCCAAGAGACCUCCUCCACCACCUCAGUCCCGUAACCACUCCCUCAAAUUCAGCUCCGCCACUCUCCACUUACCUCCUCCUUCCCCUCCUUCCUUCCCCCUCGACUCCCUCCUCCACCACCUCGUUCACCUCUCCUCCACUCCCCGCCAUGCCGCCAAUUCUCUCCAGGCGAAGUCGGCGGUUAAACCCGCCGUUCUUGGUAUCAACGGAGGACACGCGUCUUUGUGUAAGAAGGAGUCUGUGUUGCUCAACUCCAUCGUGGACCUCCCUCUCUCCGACCUGACCAGCUUCUUCGAUUCGGCGAAACCCGAGCUGAUCAGAACCGACGUGUUCGGUCUCGUCAAGGCUCUGGACGAUUCGGGGAACUGGGAGAGAGCGGUUUCGCUCUUCGAAUGGUUAGCUUCGGGAGACACGAAGCUAGAUCAUCAUGUUAUAGAGAUUGUGGUUAGGAUCUUAGGCAGAGAGUCUCGCUACUCCGUUGCAGCUAAGCUGCUCGAUAAAAUUCCUCUGAAGGAUUACACCUUGGAUGUCCGCGCUUACACGACCGUUCUCUACGCUUAUUCGCGCACGGGGAAGUACGAGAGAGCGAUCGAUCUGUUCGAGAGGAUGAAAGAGAUGGGUCCUACGCCCACGCUGGUGACUUACAAUGUGGUUCUCGAUGUUUACGGGAGGAUGGGGAGGUCGUGGGGGAAGAUUCUGAGUGUUUUGGAGGAGAUGAGAGGUAAAAGGAUGGAGUUUGAUGAGUUCACUUGUAGCACUGUGUUGUCGGCUUGUGCGAGAGAGGGUUUGUUGAGAGAGGCGAAGGAGUUUUUCGGCGAGAUUAAGUCGAGGGGAUACGAGCCUGGGACUGUGAGUUAUAAUGCUUUGUUGCAGGUUUAUGGUAAAGCAGGGGUUUAUACGGAAGCGCUGAAGGUUUUGAGAGAGAUGGAGGAGAACAAGUGUCCUGCGGAUUCCGUGACGUAUAAUGAGCUUGUUGCGGCUUAUGUUAGAGCUGGUUUUACCAAGGAGGCUGCUGGUGUCAUCGAGAUGAUGACGGGGAAAGGUGUGAUGCCGAAUGCGAUCACUUAUACUACUGUGAUAGACGCGUAUGGGAAGUCCGGGAAGGAGGAAGAGGCUUUGAAGCUGUUUUACAGUAUGAAGAAAGCUGGUUGCGUUCCGAAUACGUGUACUUACAACGCGGUGCUUAGUAUGUUGGGGAAGAAAUCGAGAUCUAGUGAGAUGGUGAAGAUGUUAUGUGACAUGAAGUCUAGUGGAUGUUCCCCGAACCGGGUCACUUGGAACACGAUGCUUGCUCUGUGUGGGAACAAGGGUAUGGAUAAGUAUGUGAACCGAGUGUUCCGUGAGAUGAAGAGCUGCGGUUUUGAGCCUGAUAGAGACACGUUCAACACGCUGAUCAGUGCUUACGGGAGAUGCGGUUCAGAGGUUGACGCGUCUAAAAUGUUUGGGGAGAUGACGAGAGCAGGUUUCAACGCUUGUGUCACGACUUACAACGCGUUGCUUAACGCCUUGGCUAGACAAGGGGACUGGAGAUCUGGAGAGAAUGUGAUCUCCGACAUGAAAAGCAAAGGUUUCAAACCAACGGAAACAUCUUACUCCUUGAUGCUUCAGUGUUAUGCCAAGGGAGGGAGCGUUUUAGGGAUUGAGAGAAUCGAGAAGGAGAUAGUCGAGGGCCACAUAUUCCCGAGCUGGAUGCUUUUGAGAACUCUGCUCCUCGCAAACUUCAGAUGCAGAGCACUAGCUGGGAUGGAGAGAGCGUUCGCUUUGUUUAAAAAGCACGGAUACAAACCCGACAUGGUGAUAUUCAACUCGAUGCUCUCCAUCUUCACAAGGAACAACAUGUAUGACCAAGGACACGAGAUCCUCCAGUCUAUCCGCGACCACGAGCUGACACCGGAUCUUGUAACCUACAACAGCCUCAUGGACAUGUACGUGAGGAGAGGAGAGUGUUGGAAAGCGGAAGAAAUCCUCAAGAGUCUAGAGAAAUCAAAGCUGAGACCGGACCUGGUCUCUUACAACACGGUGAUCAAAGGUUUCUGCAGGAAAGGGUUGAUGCAAGAAGCGGUUAGGAUGCUGUCGGAGAUGACGGAGCGUGGAAUCAGACCGUGCAUCUUCACUUACAACACGUUUGUUUCGGGUUACACGGCGAUGGGGAUGUUUGGAGAGAUAGAGGAUGUGAUUGAGUGUAUGGCGAAGAAUAAGUGCAGACCAAAUGAGCUGACGUAUAAAAUGGUCGUGGAUGGUUAUUGCAGAGGAGGGAGGUAUAGUGAAGCUAUGGAGUUUGUGUCAAAGAUUAGAUCCCUUGAUGCUUACUUUGAUGAUCAUUCCAUCCAGCGGCUAGCUGUUCGAGUACGUGAGAAUUUAGAAUCCUAAAUCAAUUUAUAUAUUUGCUUUUUCUUUUUCUUUUUUGUAGAUUUGUGAGUUUUUGUAUUGAAAUUUACAUUUUACAUGAAAUAAAAUAAGCAACUUUGUUCA